UUGCUCACAAUCUCCAUUGGCUUAUGCAGGAUAUGGAACCACCUAUUGUUAAUGGCCGUGGGACUGAAACUGGCCAAGUUAUUACUACCACUGUUGGAGGUCGUGAUGGAAAGCCUAAGCAGACAAUCUCAUACAUGGCCCAGAGAGUGGUUGGAACAGGCUCAUUCGGAGUUGUCUUCCAGGCCAAGUGUCUGGAAACGGGUGAACAAGUUGCAAUUAAGAAGGUUCUGCAGGAUAAAAAAUACAAUAACAGAGAACUUCAGAUCAUGCGCUUGCAAGACCAUCCCAAUGUUUUAUAAUUAUUUAUAAUGGUGUAUAAAUUUUAUAAAUUAUUUU